CAGACCUGUGUGUCAGGCAAAGUAUUUCCUCCCACUUGUUCUCCUCUCGCCGUGACUGCAAAGCUGUCGGCAGCGCUAGAUUCCCCAGUGGCUCACAAUGGCUGAGGGUUUGAGAGCAGCGGUUGCCAGCCAGACGAAGAGACUGAACAGCAGCAGUGAGGUGGUUGAAAGGCUAGAAGAAAAUGGACAUCAAAAUAAAAAAUUGAAGAGAGAUGCAGAUGAGGAAGAUGCGGAGGAUCAGAAUAAAAAGUCACCCAAAAGGAAGAUUGUGUUGUUGAUGGCAUAUUCAGGGAAAGGCUACCAUGGGAUGCAAAGAAACGUGGGAUCUUCACAGUUCAAGACAAUUGAAGAUGACUUGGUAUCUGCCCUUGUUCAGUCAGGCUGCAUCCCAGAAAACCAUGGGGAAGAUAUGAAGAAAAUGUCUUUUCAGCGGUGUGCUCGAACAGAUAAGGGUGUGUCUGCAGCUGGACAGAUUGUGUCGCUAAAGGUCAGGCUAAUAGAUGACAUCUUAGAAAAGAUCAAUAACCAUCUUCCUUCUCACAUCAGAAUUCUGGGUCUGAAGAGAGUCACUGGGGGAUUCAACGCCAAGAACAAAUGUGAUGCCAGAACCUACUCUUACAUGCUGCCAACAUUUGCCUUUGCCCAUAAAGACCAUGAUCUGCAAGAAGAGGUUUAUCGACUGGACAAAGAGACCCUUGAAAAAGUCAAUAAACUGCUUGCAUGCUAUAAAGGAACACACAACUUCCACAACUUCACGUCUCAGAAAGGACCCAGGGACCCCAGUGCCAAGCGGUACAUCAUGGAGAUGUACUGUGGAGAGCCAUUCGUGAGGGAAAACAUAGAAUUUGCAGUGAUCAAAGUGAAAGGUCAGAGUUUCAUGAUGCACCAAAUAAGGAAGAUGAUUGGGCUGGUGAUAGCUAUUGUGAAAGGUUAUGCUGCCGAGUCUAUCAUAGAGCGCAGCUGGGGAGAGGAGAAAGUAGAUGUCCCCAAAGCCCCAGGACUUGGGCUGGUCUUGGAAAGAGUACACUUUGAAAAAUACAACAGACGUUUUGGAAAUGAUGGGCUGCAUGAGCCACUGGAGUGGACAGAGGAGGAGGAGAAGAUUGCUGUUUUCAAAGAGCAGUAUAUCUAUCCUACCAUUAUCAACACAGAAAGGGAGGAGAAAUCCAUGGUGAACUGGCUAAACACCCUCUCCAUUCAUGACUUCAACUCCUCUGCUGUUGGGAUGCAAGCCAACAACAAAAAUUCAAAGAACAGCAGUGAUCUUGAAGGCAGUGAUGGUUGUGAUGAUGAUUCUGACUGAGCCAGUAAGUGGCUGGACAUGGGACCCUUACUGCUUGCAAUUCCCUUUGUCUACAAAAAAGUGGCCUUUCUAAAUCCAAGAAUCCAGUAAAGCAGGGGUUUGUGUGCUUGCAGAACAAGAACCAGAUGCCCAGGAGAAACUGGGUGGAGAAGACAGUGCGGUAGAAAAAGUAGAAGCUUUUUAUACCACUGACUGAUUCACCUGACUGAUAUACUUGAAAACAGUGUAACGAAAAAGAAGCUUUCUAAGAGAAUCCUGUAAUGCAGGAUAUCUUAAUUGCUAUUUGAAUAAUGUUUUUAUUAUAUGUUUACCUGGAAAAUAGUAUUUUAAAUAUGUAUAAUCUCUACAUAAAGAUGGGGCAAAUAAUUUUAAUAUACUCUUUUUUAUUAUUAUUAUGACAUUAUGACUCCAUGAACUUUUGAAAUUUUUUUUAUUAUUAUUAUUUUCUUCACCCUUACUUAACCUGAUCUCUAAACACCAUUAAGCUUUUAUUUUUCCUUGUCAUCCGUGACUGUCCUGUGGAAUAACAUGCAUGGGUUAGGAACUCAUUAUGGUGCUGACUGCUGUGAAUUCUUUUCGUAUCGAAACAAAUUUUCUGUGUUUUCUAAAGCUUUGCAAGUCUAAAAGAAAUGAUUCCUUACUCAGUGAGAGGUCUUAAUUUUGGAACGUGGCCUGAACCAUCUAUUUCAAGGCGAGACCUUUUCUUUGGGAGAUGUCAUCAUCCCAGUAUUGCCCACAUGCUUGGGCAGACUCAAGAACAUAGCUCCGUGGCUACGUGUGUAAUUGGGCCUUUAAUGCCUGAGGUAUCAUUUCACAGACCUGUAGUUGAGAUGUGAGAUGAUGUAAAUUAAUUGUUAGGACUGCAAUACAAAGUGUGCAGCCAUGAAUGUUCUGGCGUUGCCUGUGGUGGAUCACUAAAUGUGUUGCUGCUGGUUUAGUAUUUCUGGUUUUAGUGGAAACUAUCUAGCCAUCUGCUAGAUUUGGGGUUGAAUCAAUUUAGUAUGCAUGAAAGGAAUGGUGCUGACUUCCUCUGGGCUUUAAUCAAGUCUGCCUUCACUUUGUAUGUGUGAACUCUGAAUUCCCAUCAAGCUGCUCAGAACAGAGGAAUGUGUGUGGUGAUACAGGAAGCACAUGUCUGAGGUCUGUCUUCCUUUGGGAACCUAUUUUAAUUUUCUGUGUUUUGGGGAUCUGCAUACUCUGGAGUUCUUGCUCUCCUUUCCCCAACUGUGGCUUGACUUCAGAUUCUUGUUUUCAACUCUCCGUGGAGGUGGUGGAACAAAACAACAAGUAAAGGCAGCAGCCUUCCUGCCUGUAGAACACUUUUGGAAGGAGUGGAACAAGACUCUCCAAGCAUUCGGGUAUUAGUAAGAGUGCUUGAUAUGAUCCCCUGAGUCUGUAUAGAGACUUGCUUUGUAAUAUGGUAGUUAUUGAAUAUAAGGAGUCAAGUCUUUGCUCCUUAAUUCAGUGGUUUCUGGCCAAAGCCUCUGAUUUUAUGACUCUUUCUGGAAAUUCUUUUUUUUUUUUUUUUCUUGCCAGGGCACAGCUGUCCUUAAAAAGGGAUUUGCUUAUUUAUUUUAUCUGGGUUUUAAUUAUUGCUUUUUAUUUUAUCUUGAAGGCCUUGCUCUAUUUUAUCAGAGUGAGUGUGUAAAAGUGUUCUGGAGAGGGACUCUACCUAGAUUUUCAUUUAUAUCCUUUGCUGGUUCAUACUAUUGACCUAAUCUGCAUUAGUCUUCUAUCCAAAGCUCUUUCUAUCCCUUUCAAUCUGAAAAAACCACCACCUUUAUUUGCUUAUAAUAAAGGCCCCCAAACUGG